AUGGCGACAAUCGAACAAGAGUUUAUCCCGACACGCCUCCGCCGCGCUUCGUCCUCGACGUACUCCUAUUCCACUGCCUUUUAUGAUCCCAGUCACCCCCACGGCCACAGUCACAACCACAGUCACGCACACGCUCCACGUCGUUUCUCACAUACGCCUACGCGCCUGCAUGAUGAUCCUGAGGCCGUGCCUCUCACGCCGACCGGUCCAAAUGAUGCCGCAAAAGGUCCUUAUGGCCCUAACGGUCCUAAUGGUACGGAUCGUCUAGAUCACCUGGAUCAUCUGGAUCGUUUGGACCACGGGGCGGAAACCAACCUACAUACAAACCUAGCCGUAAGUACCGGCAAACACACAGAUGUUGCGUCCACACACGCAUCUACGUCCGCAACCGCCACGACAGCAGCGCUGCGCCACCGCCGCGGGACAGUUCGCAUCAUUGAACACCCUUACGCGGGCCGACUGGGCGCGAACCAGGAACACGCCGUGGCGAGCGACGAUCCCGAGUACGCGGAGAUUGUGGCCCGCACACCUGACGCGGCGCCCUUUUUGACAUGGCGAGAGGCGCUGCUUGAUUGGAAGGGGUUUGGGGAGGCGCAUCCAUACAUCUACCACUCCACCAUCAUCCCCGCUCUCAUCGGCAGCGCAGCCACGACUAUCAUUCUCCCGCUGCUCAUCUUCGCCGCCGCUCCCGUGUCGGGGGGUCACCUGAAUCCGCUUAUUACGAUUAGUACGUUUUUCGCGCAGAUCUCUACGUUGCCCCGGACGCUGCUGUACGUGGUCUUUCAAAUGCUGGGCGGAGUCAUUGGUGCGAGUUUCUUGCGUGCGGGGUUGGGGAGGCGGUUGAACCCCCCUGAAACAGGCGGCUGCACGAUUCACUCAGAAAUAUCCUACGGCUCGGCAUUCGCGCUGGAACUCAUAUUCGCAACCACGCUCUUGUUUCUCGCCUUUGGCACGGCCCUCGAUCCGCGCCAGAAUAAGUCCUUUGGGCCCGCCCUCGCGCCCAUGCUUGUCGGCCUGGCCUUUGGUAUAUGUGGCCUCGCCUCGGGCCUGCUGAGGGCGGGGUAUACUGGUGCUUCACUCAACCCCGCACGCUGCUUCGGCCUUAUGUCCGCGUCCAGCUUCACGCACCGCUUCAACACGUAUCACUGGAUCCAUUGGAUCGCGGACGUUCUUGCCGCCGGACUGAAUGCGUUGGUGUGGGCGCUCGUCCCGGUGUUUAGGCGGAAGAUCUAG